GCCGUCUACAGGAACAAUACAGGAACCAAGAGCGCCGUGCCGAAACGGCGUCGGCUCUCGAAUCAUGAGGUCAUGUCAGGUCAAUUCUUCGUCAGACGAAGGAAGUUGCACCCCCUCUCGAUGAUGGAACGGUGAUAUAAGACGGGAGUCAUGUAGUCUGCUGCUUGGAAAGGAUCACUUCAUCCCGCACUGCUGCUCGUAACGUACUAUGACUGCUGUACCCAAGUUCAAGCUCAACACAGGCGCGCUGAUCCCUGCUGUCGGCCUUGGUGGAUGGAGCGGUACAACGAAGGAACAACACGCGCAGGCAACGACAUGGAUGCUGACGGCGAUUAAGUCUGGCUAUCGCCACAUCGAUACAGCAUGGGCAUACGGGACGGAAAAGUAUGUCGCGGAGGCAGUUCAACUAUCGGGCAUACCCCGCGAAGAAAUAUGGAUCACGACGAAGCUUCCGUGGAGCCACCCAGGUCUGAAGACCGCCGAGGAAUCCUUAGAUGAAAGUCUCAAGAACCUGGAUACGAGCUACGUCGAUUUGUAUUUGCUCCACUGGCCACAAGUGAUUGACUGGCCUGACGAGGGGCCUGAGUACCAGGGCCCGGUCAAGAUCCGCACCAAUGCGCCUUCGUUCAACGAGACGUGGGCGCAGAUAGAGGAGCUGCACAAGAAGGGGAAGGCGAAGAACAUCGGGGUCAGUAACUUCUCUGUCAAGAAUCUGGAGAAGCUCUUCAAAACGGCAAAGAUCACGCCCGCUGUCAAUCAGGUCGAGCUACACCCAUAUCUCGCACAACCUCAGCUGAAGGAGUACUGCGAUGCGAAGGGCAUAGUAUUGACUGCCUACACGCCAACGGGCUGGGACAUCGUCCGGUCAGAUCCGACCAUCGUCGAAUUGGCGGAGAAGUACAAGGUUUCCCCUGCGCAGAUAAUCCUCGCCUGGCACCUCGGCCGCGGUAUCGCCGUCGUUCCAAAGAGCUCCAACGCGAGCAGACAGAGAGACAACUUGAAUCUGCCGACGCUAUCCCCCGAGGACGUGCAGCAUGUCACGGCUCUGAAUCGCAACCAGCGGCUCUGCAACAAGCCUGAUGAGAACGGUAUGGUGGGUGGCUGGACCGUAGAGGAGAUGGGGUGGUGAACGGGAGAAGGUCUGUCGGAGAUCAGAAGAAGAGUCGAGGCAGUAUGCCAAAUGAAUUCAUAUGCAGUUGCAUACGAUUCUUUGCUCAGAGCAACGAGCACCCUCUCCUGCGUAAAUGCCGCAGACGCAUAUAUAGCUCAACGAUAUUGGUGUGGUGAGACCUGCAAUAGGAUACUAGUCCAGUUGCAUGCCUGUGACAGCGAGUGGCUGAUGAGUUCUGCGACGCACAUUGACGAGCUCGAGUCGUCGGAACGUGACACGUAUUUUGCUUUUCAUAGGCGUUCAUUUAAUCCAGAGGGUUUCCGAAUAGCAUUGCUUCGAUCUAGAACUUUGACUGCUCUCCCAAUG